GGCCCAGGCGGCGCCCAUGGGCUGCGGCAACUCCACGGCCAGCGGCGCGGGCGGGAGAGGUGCUGCAGGGACUACUAAAGAUGCAGCAGAAGAAUCUGUAUCAGAUGAUGACAAAAGGAGGAACUAUGGGGGUGUGUAUGUUGGUCUGCCAUCGGAUGCGGCUGCCAUGGUUUCCAGUCAGACGAAAACUGCACCAAAAGAAGGAAAUAAACACAUCAAGAUCAAAACAGCUGGAGUUUUCUGCAAAGACCAGUUACCAGUACUUUAGAGAGAGUUGUCUUUCUGCUGAAGAUUUUUAUAUUUACAUAGCCUUCCAGAGAGCAAGACAGAUCAGAGCACCAAAAAACCUAAGCUGUUGCAAGUUCCAACUACGGGUAAAGCUUAAAGUACAACGUUGAAUCUGUUUGCCGUGGUGAUUGCGUUAUGGAAACCUCCUGCUGUUCUCCAGAGGAAAAUGAAAUUAAUGAACUCAUGGUGGAUGUUUCUGCACAAGAGCUAACUUUGAUGAUCUGCAAGUUAUUUCUCUGUGGCCAUAUUGCAGAUUUCAUCAGCUAUCAGCUGUGCUUCAUAUAUUUUCUCCAAAAAUUUUUAAUAGAUUUUAUAUAGGAAAUCAUUAUUACUGUCCACUUAAUAGUUCCUAUGGUAGAUUCUUAUAAAUUAAUUGUUAAUUUACUUCAGAGUAAUAUAUUUAACAGAUUUGCAUCUUUUUGGUAAUAUUGCAAAUUUUACUAUUUUUGCUGUGAAAACUUACUAGGAUGAAAUAGGCAAAAGACCAUUGGGCUGUUUAUAAUUACUAUCAUCACUUUUAUACAUUGAAACAAAUACUAGAGUUUAAUUUUCACCUUUUAAAAAUACAUUGCUCAAGGAAAUUUGUUUAAAUAAGGACAGUGUAUCUCAUCAUAAUAUGUAUGUAUGUUUUCAUUUUCUUCAGCUUUAUCUCUUUUAUAAAGCUUUACGUGAAAAAAAAAAACAAACAUGAAUGAACCAAACUA